CAAAGGAGCGCUGCAUCGGUCGUUAGAGAGAGGGUGGGGGGUUGGCCCUCCAUCUUUCUCUCUCUCCUCCUCCAGCGAGUAGCAGAAACACAGAGAGCCUGGACGUUUGAGGAUGUGUGAAGAACCGAGAGCUGAGGAACACACACACACACACACACCCCGGCGUGCACCCCCCCACACACAUACACACACACACACGCCCUUUCUGGUCGGGAAAGAAGCAGAGAGAUGGAGACGGCAGCAAAGAGAGAAGAUGUGAGGUGGAUGGGAGGAAUGAAGACGAAGAGCAGCACAGACAUGUGGGACUGAGUUGCUGGUUCACAUCCGUCGGAGAAGUUUGAAGGAGUAGUGUUGCUCUCAUGGCAGGACCCGCCCCGCAGGAGCCCGUCAAGACCCAGCAGAAGUGCAUAGCCACCCUGGCCCUCUUCUGCUGCUCUGCUGUGCUGAUGGUGCUCAUCUUCUCCUCCGUGGACAUCUGGGGGGACAGUGAGGAUGGGAUCACAGAGGAAAACUGCAGCAGAGACUGCAGGAUCGUGCUCGCGGAGAACAUCCCAGAUGACCUCUCCCUCCACGUGGAUGGCAGGCAUCACAUUCCUCUUUCUGUUGGCUUCCACUCACUACUAGAACAAGCAAAGCUCUCAGUGGAGGUGGUGUCGUCUGUCUGGGAUUUAAAUGCUUGGGAUCUGGAGCCAACACCCGACACUGCAGCACAGGGUCAGCUUCUGUUCCAGAGGCUGCUCAGGCUGAAAUCUCGUGGGGUUAAGCUGAAGAUUGCCAGUAGUCUGACAAACUCUUCCGAGCUGAAAGCCUUGGCAGCACACAAUGCCCAGGUUCGUUUUGUCAAUAUGACAGCUCUCACCAAAGGAGGCCUCCACUCCUCAUUCUGGAUAGUGGAUCGGACGCACAUUUACAUGGGAAGCGCUGAAAUGGACUGGAGGUCACUGUCCAAGAGGAAAGAACUUGGAGUGGUGGUGUAUAACUGCAGCUGUCUCGCUCUGGACCUCCACAGAGUUUUUUCAUUUUACUGGCAGCUUCAUGACAGGGACUAUAUCCCCUCCAUCUGGUCGAAGAGAGUUACAGCCCUCUACGGGAAACAUGAGGCCCUGCAGCUGCAGCUCAAUACCACACCGGCUACCGCUUAUUUGUCUACCUCCCCUGAACACUUCUGUCCCAAAGAUCGUACAAGAGAUUUAGACGCUAUCCAUCAAGUCAUCCAGAGCGCAAAGACGUUUGUCUUCAUUUCUGUCACCGAUUAUCUUCCUCUGGUCAAAAGGAGUUUCAGAGGCACUUCAGUCACAAGGUAUUGGUCGCCUAUCGAUGAGCUGAUCAGAGAAGCUGUGGUGCUCAGAGGAGUCAAGGUCCGCCUGCUCAUAAGCUUCUGGAAGAAAACUCACCCCCUCACCUUUAACUUUGUGACCUCCCUCAAGACUCUGUGCAUGCAGCUUCACAACUGUUCCCUGGAGGUGAGGUUUUUCAGUCACAAGGAGCAGAAGGAGGACUUUCAACUGGGUCUCAACCACAACAAGUACAUGGUGACCGACAACGCUGUCUACCUCGGAACCCACGACUGGGUCGGGAGCGACUUUGCAAUAAAUGCAGGAGUGGGACUGGUUGUCAGAAUGAAAGACAGUACCAAAGACACCGGAGCAACAAUCCUAGAGCAUAUUAAAGCUUCGUUUGAGAGAGACUGGAGGUCACGUUAUGCCAAGAACCUACAAAAAAGCAAAGAUCAGCAGGGAAAAUAUAGACUCUUGCAAUGGUCUAAAAGCCAAUGGGAAACCAAGGAGGAAAAGGAGUGGAACAACCCUUUAUAAGCACAUAAUUGCGCUACUACAUCCUUAUACUGUCUUUGCCUGAGAACUGCAGAUUUUA